UCAAAACCAAGUCUCGUCGAGUGAGACAUAAACGUCACUUCACGUCAUUUCGUUAAUUGGACAUAUUACUGGAGAACAAACCUAAUAUUUUAUGUGAAAGCUUGUGGUUACACAUCGGCAACACUGACGAGGUGUAAAAGUAUCUAGAGGGUCAACAUGAAUCCCUCGGAGGCUCAUGAGGUGGUGAAAGAAGGCUAUCUGUGGAAAAGAGGUGAACACAUAAAAAACUGGAGGAAGCGAUACUUCAUCCUUAGGAGAGACGGCUCAUUCCUCGGAUUCCGUGCCAAACCUGACCAUGGGCCCUCGGACCCAUUGAACGACUUCACUGUGCGAGAAUGCCAAUUAAUGAAACAAGAAAAGCCAAGGUCAAACACGUUUGUCAUCCGCGGUCUUCAAUGGACAACGAUCGUGGAGCGCAUGUUCUGUGUGGAGUCUGCUGCGGAGCGUGAAGAAUGGAUCCAGGCGAUACGCUCCGUGUCUGAGAACCUAAAGGUGGUGGAGGAGGAUGGCACAGGGGCAACUGGCAGCCUAGAAAAGUCAAAGAAGAAAGUGAGUCUAGAUGACUUCCAAUUUCUCAAGAUGCUCGGAAAAGGCACUUUUGGGAAGGUUAUUUUGUGUAAAGAAAAGGCUACAAAUCACUUGUAUGCAAUCAAGAUCCUCAAAAAGGCUGUGAUAAUUCAAAAGGAUGAGGUUGCCCACACAUUAACAGAAAACAGAGUAUUACAGACAACCAAACAUCCUUUCUUAACGCAACUAAAGUAUUCUUUCCAAACACCAGAUCGGCUGUGCUUCGUGAUGGAGUAUGUCAAUGGUGGGGAGCUGUUCUUUCAUUUGUCUCGAGAGAGGGUGUUUACAGAAGAGAGGACCAAAUUUUAUGGAGCAGAAAUUAUAUCUGCUUUAGGGUAUCUACAUGAAAAUAACAUCGUCUACAGAGACCUGAAGUUGGAGAACCUCUUGUUGGACAAGGAUGGCCACAUCAAGAUUGCAGACUUUGGUCUGUGCAAGGAGGAGAUGUACUAUGGGGCCAGCACCAAGACCUUCUGUGGUACACCAGAGUACCUGGCACCUGAGGUGCUGGAGGACAAUGACUACGGUCGUGCGGUCGACUGGUGGGGUACGGGUGUAGUCAUGUACGAGAUGAUGUGUGGGCGCCUGCCAUUCUAUAACAGGGAUCAUGACGUGCUGUUUGAGCUCAUCUUGCUUGAGCAAGUGCGCUUCCCUAGAACGUUGUCAGAGGACGCAAAGAGUCUUCUUGGUGGAAUGUUGAUUAAAAACCCUAAAGAAAGACUUGGGGGUAGUGAGAGGGACGUUCAAGACAUCACAAGCCACCCGUUCUUCAAAGAUAUCAACUGGACUGACUUAGUCGAGAAAAAGUUUACUCCUCCAUGGAAACCAGACGUGAGCAAUGCCUGGGACACAAAGUACAUUCCUGACGAGUUUGCGCGGGAGCCGCUCGACCUGUCUCCAGUGGGAGGUUUCCAUGACAACCACAAAGCGCUACGUUCCAUCUCAGAGAACGGCGAACUUCCGUACUUUGAACAGUUCUCAUAUCACGGCGGAAGCCGUAACGUCUACGGAAGUUACCUGGCAGCAGCCAGCACGCAAUCUUCAAUUCAUCACAGUGAGGAGACUUUUUAAGCUCGGAUACACAUAGGCCCAGUUUCGUGAACAUUCUCGAUUUUUUAAGUUCAACUCUUAAGAUGAGAUUUGAGUUUCCACUCAGCUGACUUUUGAUAAUAUUGGUCAGCCCACAAACAAUCUCAAAACUCAGCUAUUAGAAUAUGCACAAACCUUCUUAAAGUCAGGUUUGAGCAAGACUCACAAUUCUACAGUGCUGCAGCUAGGCCUAAAUUGAAGGGCGUCCUGCCCUGCCCUUCCAAACCUUUGCCCUGACCUUUUUAGCCCCCCCCCCCCCUCACAACUAUUAAUAACAUAUAAAUAAACAUGCAACAGGAAGCAUUUUUGAAUUGCCCGUGUGCUCAAAAGUGCCCUUUUGACAAAAUACUCCGCGUCGAAAGUGCCCUUUUGACAAAAAAAACCCUGCCCUUUUCAAAUCCUAGCUGAAGCGCUGAUUCUAAAAAACUUCUGUUAACACCAAAUUGUGCAUGAUUUUCAAACUCAUCUAAAAAAUUGAGAAAAAAACUCAAAGUUGAGUCAGAAUUUUGAGUUGAGUUUGUUUGUGAUACAAGGCCAUAGUCAUGACUUAAAUCAAAAUCUUUGAGGGCCAAUUGAUACAUAUGCAACAGCACCGGUAUCUUUAAUUUAGUUUUUGUAGUAUUUUUUUCUUCAUUUUUUGGUUAUUAUUUCACCAAGUUGUUCUUUAUUAUAUUUCUUAUUUAUUUUUAAUCAGUUAAACAAAAUUACAUAAUCAUAUACGUAAAUUACUUAAUAAGUGUAUUAUAGGAAAGUGCAUGCUCCUGGUUUACAGUUUAACUGACUGGACUCGGUAAUUUACAUGAAAUGAAUUUCUGGUAAGCUAAUUAUGCCUUUUUUAGUUGAACUAUUAUUGAGUAUCAUGACUAUCAAUUACCUGCUACUUUACUUUUAAAAAUAUAAUUUUAUCUGUCUGUAAAAUAUGUUUUCUUAAAGGUACUCAAUGUGUCAAAAUUCCACUACCUUUAUAAGUUUCAAGCAACUUUUGGGAUAUACCGGUAUCUAAACCUAAUCUCUUAAUGUAUGUUUCAUGUGAAAUAAAAAAAGAGAAUGUUUAAAACUUAUCCCUUCAUUAUCAACACCAGGCUUUAAUAAGGUUAUUUUAAAUUGUUACCGGUUCUUUAACAUAUCACUAUGACUCUUAUUUUAUAUUUUCAAGACCAAACAUUAAAUAGUUAUUCAAACUCAACUGAUGGUCUUAAGGCCUAGCAUACAUAUCACAGAGAUAACAGUGCAGAAAAUAUAUGGUAACUUAAUACAGAUGUUUAUUCUUGUGCAAAUUUUUAUCCAAAUUACUGAAUUUAUAAUUGUAUUGUGUCUAUCUUUUUAAGUUGUUGAUGUACAAAAUGUAUUGCGUACCAGUGUAUGAAUGUUACCUAUUUUUGUCCUCUACCGGUUUCACUGUAGGGGACUUAUGGUUUGCGCUCUGUGCGUCUGUCUGUGAGUCUUUCUGUCACACUUUUCUGGAUCCUGCGAUAACUUUAAAAGUUCUUCAUAUAUUUUCAUGAAACUUGAAACAUGGUCAGAUGGCAAUAUGGACAUUAUGCUCGUCUUUUCAUUUUGUUCCUACGUCAAAAAUUCUGGUUGCUAUGGCAAUAAUUAUAAAAAAUAAAUAAAUAAAUUGUGACAAUGGUGGAGCCGGUAGGGGACAAUUAUAUUGCUUGGCAAUAGUCUUGUUUAAUAUUUGAUAUGUUACCAAUUAUUAUAAAUAUACAUCAUGUAAUAGAAUAUUACAAAGCAAUUAUUGGUGUGAAAUUGUUAUUACUUUGCUACAAACAUUUAAAAUUAAUUGUAUGAUCCUGUGUACAAGAAGAGCCGUUGAAGAUGUUAUCAUACAAAUAUUAAUAUGGUAUCAUUAAGAGAUGAUUAAAAUGAUUUGUUAUAACAGUGUUACAUUAUUGUGAGUUAUGAUGAUUUUUAAUAAAAAGAAUGUUGGCAGUUAUAAUACACUGUUUGGACAGGUUUGUAUGUAUGUUUUAAUAAAAGUUGUAACACGGUUCAAAAUUUUUGUAAUUUAGUGGCAAUAAUCCGUUCUAACUGAAAAAAUCCACCCACAUCUAACUGACAAUUCACAAUCAAUAGUGCAUGACAUUUGUGGUAUUGCUUUCCCGAAUGAAUUAUAGACUUUUUGAUUCCUCAUAAGAGUUAUUAUGCAAAAUUAGUCUGAUAUAUGUGCACGAUAAAACCUCAGAUUGAGAAGAUUAGUUGUAAAAGUUUCGCUGUUCUAGAAUUGUUUAUUAAAUGCUGUAAAAUAUAUAUACUUUUUUGUUAAUGAUAGAAUUAACGCAAUACAAUUUAUUUUUGUUGAUGUUAUGCUUAUUGUUAUGGAAAAAUGUUUUAUUGUUAUCAUAAUAUCAAUGGUGGUUAAUGCUAUUUUAUUUUUAUGCCCCCGGUAGGGUGGCAUAUAGCAGAUGAACUGUCCGUCUGUCUGUCUGUCCGUCUGCUCGAAAACUUUAACAUUGGCCAUUACUUUUGCAAUAUUGAAGUUAGCAACUUGAUAUUUGGCAUGCAUGUGUAUCUCAUGAAGCUGCACAUUUUGAGUGGUGAAAAGUCAAGGUCAUCCUUCAAGGUCAAAAGUAAAAAAAUACAAUCCAAGGGAAGUAAUAAGCUUUAAAAGGAAGAUAAUUUUUAAAUAUGCCAAAUGAUAUAUUAAAAUUUUAUUUCAAAGCGGCGCAAUAGGGUGCAUUGUGGUUCUGACAAACACAUCUCUUGUUCCUUCUGUUUAUGAAAUAUGUUAAUGCUAAAAAAUUGAUCUUUUGUUUAUGAAAGGUUAUUAUGCUAUGAAAUUGUAGGUUGUAAUUCUUAGCGCUUUUCUUAGUUAUAAGUAUUAAGGCUUUACUUCUUGUCCUGUGGUUAAUUAUUGCUUUUAAUGCUAUGAACAUUGUCCUUUUGUUAAUGAUAGCUGACCAUGCUAUGAACAAUGCCCUUUAGUUAAUGAUAGGUGAUAAUGCUAUGAAUGUGUCCAUUUGUUAAUGAUUUGUGUUAUUUCUAUGAUAUUGUCCUUUUUCUACUGAUAGGUAUUAAUGCUGUAAAAUUUGUUUUGUUAAUGAUAGGUGUUAUUGCUAUGGAGCAUAUUCUGUUGUUAAUGAUAGGUGUUAAAUUGUUUGUGCUAUUUAAAACGCAUUCAAAUGUUAAUUAUAAGUUUAAACCCUAUGGAACAUAUUAUAUUAUAAACUAUAUUAAAGGGUAAAUGCUGAGGAGUAUGUCGUACCUUUAAAAAAUCAAAAGUUGAAAUGCUAUUUAAUUUGUUGCAUUGUUUAAAAAUCUCAAAGUUGAAAUGCUAUUCAACUUGAUGUAUUGUUUACAAAUCAAAAGUUUCAAUUUUAUUAAAAUGUUGUUUUGUUUAAAAAUCAAAAGUUUAAAUGCUAUUAAACAUGUUGUAUUGUUUAAAAAUCAAAAGUUUAAAUGCUAUUAAACAUGUUGUAUUGUUUAAAAAUCAAAAGUUUAAAUGCUAUUAAACAUGUUGUAUUGUUUAAAAAUUUAAAGUUUAAGUGCUAUUAAACAUGUUGUAUUGUUUAAGAAUCAACAGUUUUAAUGCUUUGGAACAUGUUCUUUCAUUAAUCAUAGUGUUAUAUCUAUAAAUUAUAGAUGUUUAUUAUGUUUGGUCAAAGAUACAUAAAUCUUAACACUCUGUUGUUAGUGAAAAUAAUGAUACAUAUGAGCCAUGCUCUGUGAAUAAGGGGUUUAAUGCAUGUGCAUGAAUUGUAGUCCCAGAUUAGCCUGUGCAGGCUGCGCAGGCUAACCAGGGACAACACUUUCAACCUUCACUGGAUUUUUGCUAAAAAAUACCUUUCUUUAAAAUGAAAUCAUCAUAAAAACAGAAAGUGUUGUCCCUGAUUAGCCUGUGUGGACUGCACAGGCUAAUCUGGGAUGACACUUUACACACAUGCAUAAAUUCCCCCUUUAUCACAGAGCACAGUUCAUAUACUGGUAUUUUAUUGAGUUGUUCUUGUGUUACUGAUAAUGUUAAUUCUAUGGGACAUGAUUGUUUGUGAAUAAUCUUGGUAUUCUAUGGAAUAAGUUGUGCUGCUAUGAGAUAAUAAAGGUUAUCUUGACAUUUUAUUCCAUUGGCAUAUUUAUAGUUUUACCUUAUAUCAUUUUGUUGGUGCAUUUUUAAAAUGUGCAUCACUGGAACAAUAUCUCCUCUAAUAAUACAAAGAUGUUUCAAUCUGUAUGAAACACAUAUCAUAUUUUAGUUGGAUUAUUGCAGUUUGUUAUUUUGUGUUUAUAUUUUUGUGCAUGUGUGUGUGUAUUGUGUAUAUAUGAUGAAAAGUAAGACUAAAAUCUGUAUGACCUGGUGAUUAAGAACAAAUACAGCUUGUAUUAGCAAGUUAAAAAAAAAAGAGCUUGCUCUGGUAAAAAAGUUUUUAACUGAUGGUAAUGUGCGUAAAGUAUGGUCUCAGAUUAGCUUGUGCAGUCCACAAAUGCUAAUAAUGGACAACUCUUUCUGCUUUUAUGGUAUAUUGUGUUUGAAGGAAGUCUCUUUUUAGAGAAAAUAUAGAGUUUAGGCACAAAGUGUCGUCCCCGAUUCGUCUUUAGUGCACCGCAUUAGCUUAUCUGGGACAACAUUAAUGCACUUGCAUUACUUUUGAGGCUAAAGAACAGACAUGGGCUCUAGAUAUGAUACCUGUGAAUUUAAAUGUAUGGUAGUCUGAUGUGGUCAUCUUAAUUAAGACUUCUAUGUUGGGUAACUUUUAGCUAACUUGAAAUCAUGAGUUUAGUUAACACUCUAGAGCCCACAUUUAUUGUCCGAUCUUCAUGAAACUUGGCUAGAACAUUUGUCCCAAUGAUAUCUUGGAUGAGUUAGAAAAGAGUUUCUGUUGGCUGAAAACAUGGCCACCAGGGGGCGGGGCAGUUUUACUUAUAUGGCUUUUGUAAAACCUUGUUUACACUCUAGGGCCCACAUUAAUUGUCUGAUCUUCAUGAAACUUGGUUAGAACAUUUGUCCCAAUGAUAUCUUGGAUUUGUUAAAAAAUGAUUUCGGUGGGCUGAAAAACAUGGCCACCAGGGGGCAAGGCAUUUUUCCUUAUAUGGCUUUUGUAAAACCUUGUUUACAGCCUAAAGCCCACAUUGAUUGCCUGAUCUUCAUGAAACUUGGUCAGAUGAUUUGUCUCAAUGAUAUCUUGGAUAAGGUUAUAAUUGUUCCGGUGGGUUGGAAAACUUUGCCGCUAGGGGGUGGCGCAUUAUUUCAUGUAUGGCUGUAGUUAACACUCUUAGAAAUGAUAUUUUAUAGUAUUGUCUAAUCUUCAUGAACUUGGUCAGAACAUUUGUUCUAAUGAUAUCUUGGAUGAGUUUGAAAUUCUUUCUUGUUUGUUGAAAAACAUGGCCACUAGAGGGUGGGGCAAUUUUCCUUUUAUGGCUAAAGUAAAACCUUGGAAACACUCUAAAUUCACAUUUAUAGUUAAGUCUUUAUUGAACUUGGUCAGAACAUUUUUUGCAAUGAUAUCUUGGAUUAGUUUGAUAAUGGUUCCUUUGAAAAGCAUGGUCACAAGGGGCGGGGCAUUUGUCUUAAAUGACUAGUAAAACCUUGUUGAAACGCGGAAAGUAACAUUUAUAGUUCAAUUGUCCUGAAACUUGGUCAGAACAAUUCUUUUAAUGAUAUCUUCGGCUGCAAUGAACACAUCAGUUCCUUUGUAGCUCAAAUGAGUGACUUUGGACCAUUCAGGCCCUCUUGUUUGUUUGUGUAUUCACCAACCUGUAAAAUUAAUCCUUGAUCAGUAUGAGCAUUCUUGUAUAGUUUCAAAUUAACCAUUAAUCCUCCCCCAAAAAUGUAAAGGCAUAAUAUGUGUUAUUAUAUAGAUCUGAUUUGUAUUCAAUUUCAUAAUGUAUUGAUGAGUUCAAUUUUAAAAUGUAUUAAAAAAGAAUAUAGAAAUGAACAUGAAUUUUGUUGUAAUUACAUUAUUGUGAGCAGAGUUAUUAUCUAGUGAAACCUGAGGGGAUUUUUGGUUUACCCUCGUGUCAGUCCGUAGGAAAUUAACCCAGUUUGAUGAAACUUGGGUCUAUGGAUAAAGGGCCAUUAAGGGAAUAUGCACAUUAUUUUUUUUUUUUUUUGUCACACACGAAUUGUGGUUCCUUUGGUUACAAAAAUAACUGAACAGUCAAAUCUGGAUCCUGCAAUAUCUCAAAAAGUAUACAAGCUAGAUUGAUGAAAUUUAUGUGUAUAGAGGGCCAUAAGAUGAAUGUUGGUUAAAGAAAUGAUUGAAAACUUAAAUCUGCACCUUCCAUAGCAAGGAAGUACUUAUGGAAGUCCCAUUCUUACUUUGAAAAAAAGGAAGCCGGUUUCACAAGUUUAAGUCCCAAAUAGCUUGUAAGCAUCAAUUCUUUGUUCAAAUUUAUAAUAAAACAUCUACUCCAUCAUACUUAAAUAAUUCCUUUGGAUGUAAGAUGUUCUAAAUAAGCUAUAAGUUGACAGUUUCAGUAAGCUCAAAGUCAUUUUUAUGUCCCCCCACCACUAUAGUGGGGGACAUAUUGUUUUUGCCCUGUCUGUUUGUUUGUUUGUUGGUUGGUUUGCGUCAAACUUUACAUUUGCCAUAACUUUUGCAAUAUUGAAGAUAGCAACUUCAUAUUUGGCAUGCAUGUGUAUCUUAUGGAGCUGCACAUUUUGAGUGAUGAAAGGUCAAGGUCAAUGUCAAUCUUCAAGGUCAAGGGUCAAAAUCUCUAAUUUAAUAUACACUUUUGCAAUGUUGAAGAUAGCAAUUUGAUAUUUGGCAUGCAUGUGUAUGUCAUGGAGCUGCACAUUUUGAGUGGUGAAAGGUCAAGGUCAUCCUUGAAGGUUAAAGGUCAAAUACAUGGGGGGACAUAGUGUUUCACAAACACAUCUUGUUGCCCAAUGAAUUAAUAUUCGUGAUCAAUCACCAGUUUUAUUAGGUUCCGCAGUCUAAUCGCCACAUGGUAUUUACACAAAAUCUCCUUGAAUCAUUACAAUUCACCGUAGUCCUCACUAUUCACCAUGACUACAGUGAUGUAAAACCAUACGCUGUGAUUAGGGAAUCUCGUCAUUGUGCAAUCACCCUUAUCUCAGUAAUGUCACCCUAAUUUUCUCAGCUCAUGAAAGUGAUGUAACUAUAAUUUCAUGAUCAUUGCAUAUCACUAUGAUACUUGGAACACUCAAAAUGACUGAGCCGGUCUGUUUUUAUUUGAUACAUUUUGCUUUUUUUUCAAACGUAUAUAUAUUUGUUUUGCUUGUAUUUCCAAAGUGGUAUGGUGCCUUAUAAAACGUAUUUACAUCUUAUGUCCAAGGCGAAAGAGUUGAAAAUUGAAUGUGAACACUAGCUGUUGUGUCAAGCAAAAAUAAGUUUAAAAUAUUAACAUUUUGUAGACAGUGGGUUGAUAUAAUCUUAAUGGACAGUGAUUCCCUAUUCAGACACUAUUGAUAUUUGUACUGGUAGUUCUGGUUGUUGUCAACAGUUUGCGUUAUUAUCUAAUCUUUGCGCAAAGGGACAACCCACUGUACUGGUCCAAACCUUUGCGCAAAGGGACAACCCACUGUACUGGUCCAAGUUAUCUAUCGACUGUCGUCUAUCAGCCAUCUAACAGGGAGUCCUGACUGUGAGAAAUCAAAUAAUUUCAGCCAAAAUCAGUAUAAAUACAUCAGAAAUUGUCUUUGUGUGAACAAUUACACAAGAUCAGGUUGUGGUGUUCAUUCUUCUACUCAGGUGAGCAAUUUGGGCCAUCAUGUGGCUCUUUUUACAUUCAUUGCUUGAGUGAUUUUUAAGUAAUACUAGGCAUUAUUUAAGAAGCAAAAAAAAAAAGAAUUCAUUUACCCAUUCAUAAAUGUUAAAAAUGUUUGAGUUUCACAGUAUGACCUGUAAUUUUUGUGUGCAUUCUUGUAAAUUGCAACAUAUAUUUUUUUUAAUAUUCUUUACACCAAAUUACCGGUACUACAUGUAAUUUAUCAAAGAUUAAAUAUGAUGUAUAAUAUAGUAAAUGUAUUAACUCUCAGAAUGUACAGAUAUACCUGUAAGUAAGUCACUAAUCCUCCUUUCUUGUAUUUUGUUAUACAUAAAAAAACUUAUUAUAUAUACAUGUAGUUAUCAUUUUGCUACUUUCUUAUUUAGGUGUGAGUAAUAGUGUGAUUUAUGUUAAAUUGUUUUAUAUAAAUCUUGAAUUACAAAAUUGUUGUAUCAUGGUCUUAAAAUACAAAAUAGCUUCUAUA